AUGGGGUCCACCACCGCCCCGAUGGACUUGUCAUCGCCAGUUAGCAGUAAUGAGUAUGACAUUAAUGAUAUGGAGCCCAUUGCCCAACGUGCAGGGAAGGGCAAGGCUGACUUCAUCGACGUCUCCGAUGAUCCUAUCAUCGGCAAUCAUCAGACCAGUAAAGUGUUUUGGGAGCGUAUCGCCGAGAAGUUUAACGCUGGUCGACCAAGAAGGACGUACGAGCGUAGCUACAUGAAGCUUCAAAAACACUGGGGUCGGGUUCAGAGGGAGUUUUGGAAGUGGUUGAGCGGUCACAGCGAGAUGGACCUUAUGGCGAAGAACAAUGAGGAGUUUUACAAUGACGCGAAGAAGCACUUCACGUACUACGACGUUUGGAAGCUUAUGAAGAAAAGCCCGAAGUACACCGGAGGAGCACAACCGGCGAGAAGUGGGGCGCCGAAGAGAACCAAAGUUUCCACCUCCAUAAACUACUCUACAAGCAAUGGAGGCCCGAUAAUCGACCUCAACGUGACAGACGAUGAUGUCUUACCGUCAUCCCCUAACACUCAAAGCCGUCCAAUGGGGAAUAAAACGACAAAGAGGAAAGCAAAAGGGAAUGCCACUAUGAGUUAUCCAACUAUGCUGCUGCCGCCGUCACCCAAUCCUUCGCUGGAUAAGAUGUCUGACUCUAUGUCAGAAAUGAAUAUUACCUUGCAGAUGGGCCAUCUAAGAGCCUUGAUGGCAUCGGCAAUAUCGGAGUUCGAACUCGAGUUGCAAAAUAAGAUGAUCGCCUUCAUUCACGCACAAAUUAAUAAGAAGUAG